CAGCCUUAUGUGAGCCUCGUGUUGACAAGCUUGCCGAGCUCCCCGGACAGGCCGACCUGCAUGCUAAGCAUCCCCGAAGCUGAUCCGUUGAUCAAAUGACGUAUCAACGUCGUACUUUCUACGGACUGGUGACAGUUGCACGCGCUCUUGGUACUUAUUUAGCCAAGGCCUUGUGAUCUUGUCGUCUUUUGCGAUUUGAAUCCUCUCCUACAAUAUACCUACAAACAUUUCCUGUCGCACUGUUUUUCUGUCAGAGCAGCAACGUCGUCUGCAAACACCCUCAAAGGUCACAAGAGAUGGCAGCACAAGAAUACUAUCUAGGUACAGCGGCCGCCCAUGAACUCCAGGGCAGCCAACCGCCAAAUCCAUAUCCACCGCAGCCACCAAAGCUGCCACAAUAUCAACAACCACCCGCGCAACCUCCACGACCACAUGUUAGCAACCCUCCAUAUGUGAACACGCCGCCUCCAUCAUACUCAGCAUAUCCUCAGCCUCCACAACAACCCUAUGGCUACCCACCUCAACAGCAGCAGCAGCAGCAACACCAGUUUUACCCCGAGAAGAAGAACGCCCAAGCCAUGACAGCGCCAUACCCCCAAACACCACCAGCAGGCGGCUACUACCCACCCCAACAGCCGAUGCCUCAAAACAACGGCUACCUAGGCGCCCCUCUACAACCGUACAGAAGCCACUCGCAACCCGCGCGCGUGCGCUUCGCAGACCAAGACUCCGAUCGCAGCACGAGUCUAGGCUCUAUGUCCGACUCGGACGACUACUCCCCUCCCCGCCACCGCGACAUUAGCAGACACCACCGCCACCAUAGCCACCCCACCCGCGACUAUUCCUCCGACCGCGACCGCGAUCGCUCGCGCAACGAACGCAGACACAAGCCGCGCAAGACACACUCAUUCGACAAGGCACACGAAGACAAGCACAAGAACAGAGACACGUUCCUCGGCGCAGGCGCAGGCACCAUAAUCGGGGAUGUGAUCUUCCCUGGCCUGGGCACAGCAGCCGGAUUAGUGCUGGGUGGCUACGGAGGCAGGAAGUAUGCUGAUACGAGGAGUAAGAGCGAUUAUGCUGGGAGCGAGAGGAGGAGUCAUAGGGGGAGUCGGAGAGCGGGGGAUGAUGGGUGGGACGAGAAGACGAAGACGUAUCGGAAGGGUGCGGCUGUGAGGUGAUUCUGAUGAUGAUGAUUCGCCUAUGGUGUUGAUGAUCUUACGAUUUCUAUUAUUUUUCUCUACGGUUCACGACGAGGAUGGCAUGGUAUGACGUACCGAUGGCUUGCUUGGUUUACUGGCUGCUGGACAGCACGUCUGUAGUGAUUUAGUAUAAUUGUAUUCUCACCUUGAUACAAAAACACACAUCCCGU